AUGCGCUCAAUUCUGCGUCUCCGUGAAGAAACAUAUUCUUUCGUUCCUGGUGUUCUGGCUGUAGGAGCAAACAUAGGACACCUGCCGGCGGAGGAAGGAUCACUAGCUCCCGGCUCACCGUCCCCCGAGUCAGCAAGAGCCACGUCUGGUCUGCCUGUUGACUGGAGGAAGGGCUUUGAGAAGACUGUUUACCGGAAUAGCUUUUGCAGGCGUUUGCUAAAAGGCGCAGUUACGAAAGUGUUCCACAGUGUCGACGACGCUCAGGUAAAGCUUAGUGCGUUACUGUCGGAAGAGGAGUGGAAGAACUUGAAGAGAAUUACUCAGGCGGAUUUGUGGAAGUGCAAGCUAAUCUAUGUGGAGCUUGCGUCAAUCAUUUCUUUGUUUGUCGAUUGUCCUUUUGGCGGCGUCACAGAAAGAGCGCAGAUGACAGUAGGCGAGUGGCUGCAAGGGGCCGGGGGAUUGAAGGGGGGAUUGAAGAUACAGAACAACUGGAUUGGAGGCUGCCUACUACAACGUGCCGGGGUCUCCACAAGCAAGCUAAUCGACUUUGUCGUUGAUACUUUGGGAUACGUGCCGGCGGCGCGCACGAUGUCAUUGGAAUGUGUUCUCAAAGGAGGUACGCGGCUCUGGAAGUACGCGGGAAAGGCGACAACGAAGGACAGAAGAGGGCUGCUGCUUCGCCGGGAGGGAUCUCUGCCGCCAGCGCCGAUUACCGCGCGCGAAUUUGCAGAAAAAAUUUUGUCAAUGCCAAGGCUUUCGAUGCGUCAAUUUCGACGCCUGGGCUUUCUUCCCAAGGCAUCGGCUGUAUACUGUCCGGGGACCGGCUACGAUCGGAACCUUUCGGAGACCCCUUUGGCUGCCAGCGUAUCUCUAAGUAAAAAAGCGAGCGAUUUGUUGGGAGUCCGUGUGGAGAAGUUGACCCAAAUUGACCAGGAGGAUUUCGAGGCGUGCAGCUUAGCCUAUCUGGAGCUUGGCACAAUUAUUGAUAAGUAUGUGCGAUAUGCUUUUGGUGGCGUGUGCAAGCAAGUUGUCGCCAAGACUGCAGCCGCCAUGGGUGAGCACGCCAGAUCUGGAAGAGUCCGGACUUGGAUAUCGGGGUGCUUGUUGCAAUAUGCAGAGGUACCAAUUUCGGAUCUAAUCGACUUUUGUAUUCUGGAUCUUCAGUACUCGCCCGCCAAUGGACGUAGACUGGAGUGUCUAUGCCAUCAUAACAAUACUCCCGGGCUGCAUGGUAGGAGAAUGAAACAUUCGGACCCCAAAGAGCGUUUCAACCGACUUUUCUUCGGCCUUUACAAGAAGAUCUCUAUCUCCGAGUUCAGAAGGCUGACCGGGCUCACAAAUGCGGAACAAGCAACACUUCUUUUCAGACCAAAGCCAAGCGGAACGAAGCUCCCAUUUGUGGCGUCCCCACUCGAAUUCCAGAAGAUAGCUAGCGCAACAUCUACCUGCGCAACAUCCACUUGCGCAACAGACACCUGCUGUCCGCCAGCUCCGAGUAAGCCGGGAUCGAAACGGAAAAGAUUAGAUGGUGACUCAUUUUCACCGACCGUGAAUCCACCUCGGAACGUCCCGGAUCGGAUCCUUCUAAACAAACCUAUCCUGAAUCGGGCCGUUCUCGACCCUGCAAUGAUGCACUGUCACCCCGACGACCUCAUUGAAUUUCUUCACUGGGUGGAGUCAGGCAAUCAGACAUUCUCUCCAGUUAUCUCCCAUUCUCUCCAGCAGCCUUUGCUUCGAGCACAAUCCGCCCAGCGCGUACGCGGCCAAUACCCAGUUGAUCACAGCGGUGAAGGGUCCUUUUAUCAGAGCGGUUCAACGAAAGGCGAUUCAACGAAAGGCGGUUCAACAACGAAAGGCGGUUCAACAACGAAAGGCGGUUCAACGGUCUGA